AUUUUGCCCGUCAUAGGGGUAAUGCGUUUCUAUAUAAACUUUAGGAGUACCUACAUUUUUUUUAAAUGAAAAUUAAUAGCUCAACAUGAAGUUACUGCAUUUCACUGUGCAAAUUAUUUUUUGUGUGCCAAGUUUUUCGUCAAAUUUUAAUCCUUAUAAACGAAAUUUGGAGUUGCUUAACUUAGAACCAAUCUCUGGGUCAUAUACGAAAAACGAAGUAGCUUCUGUUGAGGAACUUUGGUUGGAUCAAAAGGUUGACAAUUUCGAUGAAAAAAACAAUCAAACUUGGAAAAUGCGUCAUUUUUGUAAUGCCAAGUAUCACAAGCCCCAAGGACCCAUCUACAUAUUUGUGGGAGGUGAGUGGACCAUCAGUCGAGGUUUAAUGAGCACUGGCUUAACCCACGAUAUGGCUGUGGAAAAUUCUGGCAUGCUUUUCUACACGGAACAUCGUUAUUAUGGAAGGAGUUUACCAUUUGGAAAGGAGAGUUUUCAACUGCAUCACCUCAAGCAACUAAAUCUCCAUCAAUCAUUAGCCGACUUGGCACACUUCAUACGCUUUCAAAAGUCGGAAAACGCUGAAAUGAGAGACUCCAAAGUCAUUAUGGUUGGCGGCUCUUAUUCGGGCAGUUUGGUGGCCUGGAUGACUCAACUGUAUCCAGAUUUAAUAGCUGCCAGUUGGGCUUCAAGUGCUCCACUGUUGGCCAAAGCGGAUUUUUAUGAAUACAUGGAGUUGGUCAGCCGAUCUAUUCAAUUGAGCUAUGGUCAUAAUUGCUCAACGCGAAUUGAAAAAGGUUUAAAUUACUUGGUAAAGUUAUUUAAUGACAAUGGAAUUCAGGAGCUUCUUUAUGAGUUAAAUGGCUGUGAAGAUUACAAUCUCAAAAAUUCUCUGGACAGGGCAGCUUUCUUCAAUGGUCUGGGAAACUACUUUGCUUUGGUGGUGCAAAGCUAUAGUGCUUAUAUACCACGCCUUUGUGAGACCUUAAUGUCUUUAAAUUCCAAUGAUGAAUUGGCGUUUGUGCACUUCUUGAAACUUCUUUACUCAGAAGGCAAACGUUCCAGUGAUUGCCAGAACUUUGGCUACUCAUCCAUGCUACAAAUAUUCCGUGAGGAUACAGAUCAAAGCUCUGAAACUCGAGCAUGGUUUUAUCAAACCUGCAAUGAAUUCGGUUGGUACACGACCACGAAAUCAAACUCCUCUUCGUCCGCCGCCUUUGCCAAUCAGGUGCCCUUGUCCUACUUUGAAAAACUCUGCCAGGAUGCGUUUGGAGCGGAGCAGACUGCCCAGAAGUUGGCCGACGGCGUCGAACAGACGAAUGGCAAAUUCGGCGGGUACGGCUUCAAUCAGAGCGAGCGUUAUGCACAGGUAAUCUUCACGCAUGGCCAGUUGGAUCCGUGGCAUUCUCUGGGCCAACAAACGGGCCAACAGGCCUGUGUCCUGACGGGCUAUUCGCAUGUGGAGGAUUUGGCCAGCAUCCGAGUGACGGACAGUGUGCAGAUGAAUCUGGCCAAGCUGCGUGUGAUGUCCUUUCUGCGACGCCACAUAUGAAUCACCCCGGAUCCACUCGAAUGAAUUAUUAAAUAAACAAAUGCGUUGGGUGAUGAGCCCAUUUGAUAAAGUCGUGGGCGCAGCUCCACUUUUCCCUUGGCCUUUGGCAAACAGAGACAAAUUGCGUGAUGCUAGGACCCUAAGUGAUAUGUCUGCCCCGUCGGGCUCUGCAAACAUUUUUCUUGAAAGCGGCAUUCUUGUUGAUUAGGAAAUUGCACAUGUACUUCUCCUUUGGCUUGUGCAUUCCCCUGUUUGUUUGUCUCGGCUUGAUUGGUUGAUUAAGGGCUCCAUUGAGUGGACACCUACGCCGGCACUAAGGCGAUAUUUGUGAAAACUUUGACUUGA